GUUGCUGCCCCUGUUACUGCUCCCUUGUUUUCCUUUACUCUCGGUCUCUCACUGUCGGAGAAAGAUUAAAGCUCAGGGGGUGAGUAGGAAACCCUACUGACUGCUUGAGGGUGAGGGAAACCUGCAGCUCACCUCUGCCUUCUUCCCAGACCCACAGCCCAAACGGAGAAGUGGGGCUGGGAGUAAGGGGGUGGGGGGCGAGGAAGAAAAGUCAGAGUAAAAUAGAUCCAUCUGACUCUGGUCUUACUUCAAUUGUCUGGACCCCGCUAUCAAACCGGAACGGGAGAAAGAGCCUAUCUGCUGCGGCUCUGAGUACUGUGAGAGCACUUUGAAGCCUCUGCGUGAGGAGGAGGAGGAAGAGGCAGCGGAGGCGUCUGUAACAGCAGCAACAGCAGCAGUAGCAGCAGCAGCGUGAGGGUGCGCGCACUCUGGGCUAGAGAGUGAGCGAACAGUGGAGCUGGGUGAGGGUUUACACGCCGCCCGCCCGCGGAAACAGCAGCAUCCACGCUCAACCUCCCUGCCCCUCCAACAACAGCACCGCCUCUCCCCUGCAGCGUCAGCCCGGGGACUCCCUUUUUCUCCUCCUUCUCUCCUCGUCUGGCCAGACCCGGGGCAGCGCAGAAUGCGCCCAGCUGCUGCGUUCUGAUCGCCCUCCCACAGCCGCCGCCGCCGCCGCCACCGCGAUGAUCUCUCCGGAGCAGCAGCAACAACAGCAGCAGCUGCAGCAGCAACAGCAGCCCAACCAUGUCGUGGCCACCAUCGAGAACCUGCCGGCAGACAGCAGUGGCAGCAGCGGCGGGAGUCUCUCUGCCUCGUCCGCCUCCAGCGUGCGCCAGAGGAUCAGGAAAAUGCUGAACAGGGAGAUGAUGAUCUCUGUGGCUCUUGGACAGGUGUUGUCCCUUCUUAUCUGUGGCAUUGGUCUAACCAGCAAAUACCUGUCUGAUGAUUUCCACGCCAACACUCCAGUCUUUCAGAGUUUCCUCAAUUACAUCCUUCUCUUCUUGGUCUACACAACAACACUAGCUGUCAGACAAGGAGAAGAAAAUUUGCUGGCAAUUUUGAGGCGAAGAUGGUGGAAGUACAUGAUCCUAGGGAUCAUAGAUCUAGAAGCAAAUUACCUGGUAGUCAAAGCUUACCAGUAUACCACAUUGACUAGUGUGCAGCUCUUGGACUGCUUUGUCAUCCCAGUAGUGAUACUCCUAUCCUGGUUCUUCCUGCUAAUCCGAUACAAGGCUGUGCACUUUGUUGGCAUAGUGGUCUGCAUUCUAGGAAUGGGCUGCAUGGCAGGAGCUGAUGUUCUCGUGGGAAGACAACAAGGAGCAGGAGAAAAUAAGCUGAUAGGAGACCUCUUGGUCCUAGGAGGAGCCACACUCUAUGGCAUCUCCAAUGUGUGGGAAGAAUACAUCAUCCGAACCCUGAGCCGGGUUGAAUUUCUAGGAAUGAUUGGACUCUUUGGUGCCUUCUUCAGUGGAAUUCAGCUGGCUAUAAUGGAGCACAAGGAACUCUUGAAAGUACCCUGGGAUUGGCAAAUCGGGCUAUUGUAUGUCGGCUUCAGUGCCUGCAUGUUUGGCCUAUACAGCUUCAUGCCAGUAGUCAUAAAGAAAACCAGCGCAACAUCCGUCAACCUCAACCUACUCACUGCAGACCUGUACAGCCUGUUCUGUGGACUGUUUCUUUUUCACUACAAGUUUUCAGGACUUUAUCUCCUGUCCUUCUUCACGAUCCUCAUUGGGCUGGUGCUCUACUCCUCCACCUCCACGUACAUAGCCCAGGACCCCCGGGUAUACAAGCAGUUUCGAAACCCAUCAGGAACUGUGGUAGACUUACCAGCCUCUGGGCAAGUGGAACCUUCAGUCACUUAUACCAGCCUGGGGCAGGAGAUGGAAGAGGAGCCCCAUGUGCGAGUUGCCUAGGAUUAGGCUCUCUCACCCCACUGAGAAUGCCUCAGUGGCCACGUGUAUGCCCAUCAUCUCUGUAUUGUACAUAGAGAAAGGUAUUUACCAGGUGCAGUUUACCCAGGUGGACUGCAAGGUAGCAAAUCUGAAAGCCUCUUGCAAAGAACAAGCUCAUUGUCCCUGGUGACCCAGACUCCAAAAUAGCCUACUUGGAGAGGUGUCUGUCUAGGGUGUACACUGACCGCAAUUCCCUCUGCAUCAAUUACUGUGAAAAGUUUUGAAUCAAAAGCUAGUAUAUUAUGAUUUUUUUAAUUAUUAUUACUGUUACUGUUAUUGAACCAAUAAUCGAGAGGGGAUUUUGCACACCACCUCCAGCCCUACCCCAAAUAGAAAUAAAAUUACCACCAGUUCCACAGCAGUUGCAUAAGUCCCACUUUUCUAUGACAAGUCACUUUUUAAGAAUCAUAUUUUGGGUUUGUUUUGGUUUUUUGGUUUUUUUGUUUUUGUUUUUUGCAUAGACUUUGUGAGUGAUGCAUGCUACAGGAGCUCCACCCCAGAAAAAAAACUUAAAUGGCCUAGGAAUCUGGUGGUUAAUGGUUAAUCCACACUACCUGUUGGAUUGCCAGCUCAAUAUGUCAUCUGAGCUAUGACCCUUGUGGGGAGGGGCAACUGACCAUAUAAUUCUCUAUUCUAGGAAUAGAUCUAAAAUGAGCAUUUUAGCCUUUUUAUAUUUGCAAUCACUACGUACUUCUCCAGGCCAUUGCCUUCUGUUGUGCCAUGAUGUUUCUGCCAACCAAGUCCCUAUGAUGAAAAGGUCAGGGAUGUAUCAUUGCUUUAGGUUAUGGGGAAACUCCAGAAGCGAAGUUAUUUUUCCCCCUAAAAUAUUUGUUUUCACCCAAAUCUGUCCUUUCUCCCUUAGGCUUCUUCUUCCCUUGCUGCCCCCUGCCAAAAAACUCCCAGUGUUUUCUUUUCCUUAUUCUAGAUUUUUUGGUAAGAUAAUAUGGGACAGAAUCAAGACACUUAAAGAAGCCAGUGCUAUCUACUAAUUGGAAGGCUUCCUUUUUCCAAGUGUACUAUUAAGGAAACUGUUCAUUUUGUGAGAUUGUGCCACACACCUACAGAGUUUGGGAGCAAAAGCAGUGCAGGUACCGGGAGUAAUUCACUUGAUCUGACACCAUCAUAAUGGUAGACAUACCAUCAUUUUACAAUUAGGCAUUUAAAAAGACUGUUUGGUAUCCACCUGGCAAGUAGAACUAAUAUUUUAAGAUAUUCUUAAACUGUCUUAUUUUUUUCUUUUUGAGUAAUAAGAGAUUAUUGGGUUUUUAUAUACUUUGGGUUUCAUUUCCCCUAAAAACAACCUUUUUUUCAAGGACUCCAUGUCAAGAAUCAAAAAAAUAUGACCCACCUAAUUUCCCAGUGUUAGCUGUAAACUGUGAGUAUAUGAAAUAUCUUCUUUGGUUGAUGCGGAGAAGGCACUGAUAAAGUGAAAGAAAAGGUUUGUGAGAAUUUAAAGAAGUCAGAGAAAUAUCUGUGCAAAUAUAAAGCACAUCAACUAGACCAUAGGGUUUCUGCAAAGUCAAAAGAAGCGUCUGUACUUUUUUGACACACUAAAUAGCAAUACAAUUCUAAAGAGGUUGAACCAGGACAGGACUCCACUAAAGUGGAAAGCUAUGCCUUAGUGUUAAUCUGAGAAUGUGGAGCCUGGUCUUAAAUUUUUCCAGCAUGGAGGGAAUAGUCUGGCCAUGCCCUCCCUCCAGGAGAAAGAUCCCUUGGGACAGGUGAGGAAAAAAAAUCAGCUUUGUUCAAAAUCCAUUGUCUUCUCAGAUAAGCCCUUAAAAGAAUGUUUUUAUUUUCUGGAAAAAAAUCACUGUGCUAAAAUUCUCCCAAUCCUGAGGAAUCCUGCCAUCUCCUGUACUCUCUGCUACCUUUUAAGCCAAUUAAAUACCUUUCUCUGAGCAUUAUGUCUAUUUGGGUCUAAACACCUCUCAAGGCCGUGGUUUUAUUUUUGUGUUUACAUUCCUUCAUUUUGCAUACUUUUCUUGGUUUAUCCUGUUUUUAGUAUUUAUUUUUUAAGCCAAAUGUUUGUAGUCUUCUUUUCUAUUCAUUUUUAUGACACUAAUUUGUAGAUGUUUAGUAAUCUUAUUAGGAACAACUGGAUUGAAGGCAUUUCCAGGUCAGUUCACUGGCUUGGGAGUUUUUAAAAAUUUAAAUAAAAAGGUUUGCAAUCAACAGAUGGCUUAACUCUGCCAUUUGAAACAUUUUUAUAGAAUAUUUUAAUUGACUCCAUUGUAUGGAAACCAAGUGUGAAUGUUUAGAAACGCACCGUACACCCUUCAUCAUCACCCAGCAAGCUCUCCUACACAAAGACCUUCCCAUCACUGGAGUCACUUACAGUGUUGCUUUCUUUCUCCUCCAGGUAAAGAGACGGAUAAUAUGUUGAACUGAACCCCCAGAUCAGAAGUGUCCACUGGGUACCCCCCAAAAAACAAGGGCAUAUAAGCCUUCCUGUUAUAUGCAAAUUAGUCUAGUGAGGAAGGAUGGGAAGGGGGAAAGUAGGAAGGAUGUGGUUAUUCGAGCUAUUCUUUCCUAUAAUUUCAGAAGCUCUAUAGACACCAGCAGCAAUGUUCAGCUUUUCAGCUCACAGAUCUCUCCUGGUUGAAUGAGACUUUAGCAGUGUGGGCCAGUGGUUAUAUAAAUAAACCAGAGCUCUUGUCCAUACCACCACGUUGGGGAGCCGAACAGCCGAAAGCAAGAUAGGGGGUGAUUUUUAGCUCCUGAAUGGAAACCUGCUUAGCCACUCCCCACCAGAGGGAGCAUAUGUUUGGGACUCCCAGAGUCACCAUCAGCAGACAGAGCUAUCUUGGUUCAGCUUUCCACCGCUGCAAACACACACCCUGGUAGACCAAGCAAUUGAAAAAAAAAAUUGCAUCACUGUGUCAUAAUGGAAAAGUUUCAGUGUUUAGUUUAGAUAUUGCUAACUUGUGCUAUUAACCUUCUGACAAGUGUGUAGUAUGUUUUUUAUUUCAUUCUGUUUUUGUUAAGCCAUUUCAUAGUCCCAAGCUAGCUAAAAGGAAAAACUUUACCCCAUGGGUAGGAUUCUACUGGUAAACCCCAUAAUAAGCACACUAACCCUGACCAUUGCGAAUGGGAAUCUAAACCAAAAAGAAGGAAAAAAAAAAGAAUCUGCACCAAUAUGCUGAAUCAACACUUUCUCCAUUUUUGAUAUUUGCAUGCUCCUAUAUGGACUGGCUGUGGCAAUGUAAUGCCUGUAUAAUGUUUUCAAAUAAAAAUAAGUGCUUUACGAAAGCAAAA